CCGCUGCUUCUCUGUCUAUCCUCUUAUCCGACCGUCAGGUGGGCGACCUUCUCACUUCGCUCCUCUCAUGGCGGGUCUCCUCGCUCCCUCUUCCUCCUCCGCCGCCGGCGCCGGCGGACUCUAUGGAUCCACGCGUCGAACUCCAUCCCUCUCCGUCGCUCCUCUCUUUCCGACUUCGCUUCCCGUUUUUCACCGGAGAGGUCUCGACGGAGGAGGACGAGUUGGGUUUAAGAACCGCACCCGCCUUGUGACCCCCAAGGCCAUCGCCGCCACUGAGCUCGCCUCCACCGAAGAGGGAUUUUGGCAGGGGAAGACGCUGGCGAGCGAAAGCCAGCGGCCGGUCUACCCUUUCUCGGCCAUAGUGGGGCAGGACGAGAUGAAGCUUUCUCUACUUCUCAACGUGAUCGACCCCAAGAUCGGAGGCGUCAUGAUCAUGGGCGACCGCGGCACCGGCAAGUCCACCACCGUCCGCUCGCUGGUCGACCUUCUCCCCGAGAUUAAGGUGGUCGUGGGUGACCCCUUCAACUCUGACCCCGAGGACCCCGAAUCCAUGGGCAUGGACGUCCGUGAGCGUCUCGUCCGCGGAGAGCGGCUCUCUGUCGCCUCCACCAAGAUCACCAUGGUCGAUCUCCCUCUCGGUGCCACCGAGGACCGCGUCUGCGGUACCAUCGACAUAGAGAAGGCGCUCACCGAGGGCGUCAAGGCCUUCGAGCCCGGCCUGCUCGCCAAGGCUAACAGGGGCAUCCUCUACGUCGACGAGGUGAAUCUUUUGGACGACCACCUGGUGGACGUGCUCCUUGACUCCGCUGCCUCCGGAUGGAACACCGUGGAGAGGGAGGGAAUCUCCAUUUCUCACCCCGCUCGCUUCAUUCUAAUCGGUUCCGGCAACCCCGAGGAGGGUGAGCUCCGGCCGCAGCUCCUCGACCGGUUCGGAAUGCAUGCCCAAGUCGGCACCGUGCGGGAUGCAGAGCUGAGAGUCAAGAUCGUCGAGGAGAGAGCUCGGUUCGACAGUGACCCCAAGGGGUUCAGAGAAACAUACCAGGCUGAGCAAGAGAAGCUACAGCAGCAGAUUGCCUCGGCACGCAGCUCGCUUCCUUCGGUGCAAAUCGACCGUGAUCUUCGUGUGAAGAUAUCGAAAGUCUGCGCAGAGCUCAAUGUGGAUGGUCUGAGAGGGGACAUCGUCACCAACAGGGCUGCCAAGGCCUUGGCUGCAUUGAAAGGUAGGGAUAAGGUGACUGUGGAAGACAUAGCCACAGUCAUUCCCAACAGCUUGAGGCACCGGCUUCGGAAAGAUCCUCUCGAAUCCAUCGACUCAGGCGUGCUCGUCAUCGAGAAGUUCUAUGAGGUCUUUGGAUGAGCAACUCUACGAGGUAAAAUUUUCAAGAAUUCCAAGAACCAUUUGGAUGUUUUUUAGAUCAUUGUCACAUUGAUUUCUUAAGCUCUACAAUUUUAAGCUGUUAUAUUUUGUGGAGAGCGUGAUGGUAGAAGAAUUCCAAGAAUCAUUUGAAUGUCUUAUACAUCAUUGUCACAUAGAUUUCUUAAGCUCUACAAUUUUAAGUUGUUUA